AUGGGGAAGAAAUCGGGGAGAGAAUGGAGAAGAAAGAGAGUGGCAGUGACUAUUCCCCAUAUUUUCGCAGCGUUUUACCUGAGGGGGAGAACAGAAGCGAUGGAGAAGAAAUUGAGAAUGGAGAAGAAAUCCAGAGAGAAAGGAGAAGAAAGGGGAAAGAAAUCGCGGACAGAAAGAGAGUGGCAGAUGGAAGAGAUCUUGAGGGAAGGCAAUAAGGCGGAAGCUCCGGUCCGAUCUCCACUCGCAGCGGAAGGCCUGAAUACCUCCUGGAAGCAAGAUCGCGAGGCUGAACAAAUCUUUGCAUCAAAUCUGACUUCCAAACGCUCGUGA